GUUAUUUGCAUCUCAAAUCGUCUAGUGAGUUAUUACAAAGGGAUUGGUCAUCUACCAACGACGAUUGAAAAUUCAAUGGCAUUCGAGUCCAUAUCUCUGGCAUGGUCACCUCAAUGCUUCUGUAAGGGAUUUAUGCCAUUAUCCAUUAUAGCGUUGGGAAGCAAAGCUGGGAUUAUUACUUUGUGGAGUUAUACUAUUGACGCUAAUCUUGUUUACAAGAUUGAUGCGUGUCGGUCCUGGAUAAUUACUUUGGAAUGGUCGCGCUGGUGGACAACUGACGAGGAUACUUUUACCUCACUGCUGAUAGUUGGAUGUCUCGAUGGAUCUUAUUCUUUGUGGAAAAUAACACUUUGUUAUAGAAGAUCAGAGCUACCUGAUCAGGAGGAAGAUGAGCUUGUAAUUAACGCAGAGAAAGGAACUGUCUUACUUGAAGCAGACAAACGAGAGCCUUGUUUAAUAAAAUGGUUCAAAGAUAAGCGUAAUCAACGCGAUAAACUCGCCAUGAGCAAAAUGUCUACGCUAUUUAUAUGGGCGCCAGCGCUUCCUGUUUAUGACAACUUUGAAUCUGUCAUGCCAAUUACUUUUGAUUUCCCUGAUACUGUGCUCAUUGCCGGCAUAAGCUGGAAUAAUGACGGCACUCGACUGUGCGCCUUCAGCUUGGAAGGAAAGCAGUGGAUUCUCGACAUUUCAGAUUCUGGCAUAUCGAUUAAUAAAGCCGCUACGGAACGCUUGAGGAAAAAUGUAGAAGAUCAGUUAAAAGACGCGUUUCGGAAGGUGAUGGCCGACGAAAAGGAUUCCGAGAAUGAAAGUGAAGAUGAUGAAGGCGACGAUGAAAUUGGUUCUCCACUACCCUUUAAUAUAGAUGGGCUUGACGAUUGCGAAGAGACUAUGGCCGAAGACAAUAUUUCAAAAAGUCAUGAAAAAGACGGUGCAACAAAUAAUGAGAGCAUGGACGUGGAUGAAACAAAGACAUAUACGUCGGAUUUGUUAAUGCAACCGCAAAUGCUUGGAAUAGACGCAUCGGCGAAUGGAAUAUUUGUGGCUUUUGUUUUCGCAGUGAUAUCUGGUUGUGACAUGGACUAUCUGACAACCAAAUCAAACAAAUCAUAUCUGUGUUUUGUCCUGACCGAAAACGAUGAACUUGACGUUUUUUUGUGUUGUGAGAAUUUUUUACGACCUCAGUUGUAUGGUAUU